GGGCGGGACUUACCAGCUCUAUUGUCAUAGACAUUAGUUCGUGUUGUGUGGACGGGCUCUAACGUAUGCCUGCUGUUGUUUUGUAGCCCGUGCAGCGAAAGUAGGCUAGACCUACGCUAACUUUACAUUAUUUUCUUCCCGCUAUAAAGUCUAGCAAAGGGUAAACUUGCAAUGUCUCUGCCGACUGAUAAAGGAUCUGAUCUAAAACGGAUUAUCCGCGGUCAUUUAGUCCAGAUGAACAUCCAUGACAAGAUACGUAGUAUACUGACAGAAACAAGGGAGGACUUGGAUCCUGGAUUUGUGUCCGAAGGGGACUUGCUGCGUGCUUUGGAGCAGAGAGGAGUCGUUGACGAUGUUAUGAAGGAACUGACGCUACACGUCGACAGCGUGACAGAAGCAGAGAUUUCAGACCCCCCAAACAAGUCUGAAAAAAUCAGUGUGACUCAUGCAGAGAAAAUUAAUAUUGAUCUCAAAAGAAGAUACCUGAAUGUUCAAAUCCUGGGGGGAAAGGCAUUUCUUGAACAUUUACAGGAGCCUGACAAAACACUUGGUGGGAUCUGUUCUACCUUAACACUCUGUCUUGGCUUCUGUAACCAACGUUUCCGUUCCAAACCCGUACCUUGUGCUUGUGAACCAGAUCUACAAGAGAGCUUCUUAUUAGAGGUCCAUCAAGAUGCAACAGGGAAUGGAAACAAAAUGGCAGACAGUUCCACAAUGCUGUCCAUGUGUGAUCCCAUCCAUAUGGUGCUUAUCAAAACGGACACAUCAGGGGAUACUGUGCUCACGUCCUCACACUUCCUGGACUGGCGAACUGUUCUUUGUGCUCCUCAUGGAAGGACCAGCAUUGCAAUUGAGCUUCUUGGAGUUGGGAGUGAGUGCAAAGUGCCUAUUGGAGUUCUUAAUGUGAAGCUGGAGCUCUAUCCUCCCCUGGUAGACCACCUCUCUGUUGAUGUCAUUACUACUCAGCAAUCCCUGGAGAGGCAGAAGACUGCAGAAAAGGAACGCUUAUUUUUAGUGUAUGCUAAGCAAUGGUGGAGGGAAUUUCUAGCGAUUCGCCCAUCCAAUCAGAACAAGCUUGUGAAGAUCUUUGCUCAGGAUGAGAAUGGCUUGAAUCGACCUGUCUGUUCAUAUGUACACAUUCUUCGGGGAGGUCGGCUUCUGGAAUCUCCACGCCAGGCAGCCCGGUUUGUAAGCCUACUGGCCCAGGAAAGGGUACCUGUGGUUGGAGGUGGCAGCUACCAUGAGCAGUGGUGCACUAUGAUGGCCUUCCUUUGCAGGAAUAAGGGAGACUGUGAGGACCAUGCAACCCUCUUGUGCAGCCUACUCCUAGGUUUCGGCCUGGAUGCCUAUGUAUGUGUCGGCACAAAGGCAAGAAACAAUCCUCAUGUGUGGGUCAUGACCUGUGGCACUGAUGGCACUGUCACCUUUUGGGAAAGCCUGACUGGUAAUAGGUACCUCCAUCGGCUGAUUGAUCCAGAUGAUCUGACAUCUCACCCUAAGCCUUCCUACCCCUACCAAACUGUUGGCUGUGUGUUUAACCAGAAGGCCUUCUUCGCAAACUGCCAGCCAACAGAUUCUGUACCGCUGUGUGUUUUUGACUUAGAAGAUAAGUCUUGCUGGAAGGCUAUGAGUGAGGAAGCACUGAAUUCUGUGUGCGCUUCAGGAUCCAUAACUUCUUUACCUCCUGUGCCCACUCUCUGUUCUUCCUCACUUGAUCCAGUUCAGGCCAGUAAUCAGAUGGAACUGGAGCUGCGCCAUUUAUUGGCCGAACACAGAAAGGACUUGGGUUUAGCUACAAUAUGGGAUGACAACCUGUCAUACCUGCUCUCUGCAGCACUGGUAGCUUAUGAGCUUGAACGAUGUACUGGUGUCUCAUGUGGCAAUGAGGAAUUUCAGGAUGCUGUCAGAAGAGCGGUCCCUGAUGGCCACACAUUUAAAGGCUUCCCUAUCCAAUUUCUGCACCAUAAUACACAUCGAGCUUUUGCUACCUGUCUCAGGUCACAUUUCUGUGAGGAGAUAGUUUGCUGUCGUGGAGACCAUGUUCGGUUGGCAGUGCGAGUGCGAGUGUUUGUCUAUCCUGAGUCAGCCUGUGCUACUUGGGUGAUGUUUGCCUGCAAGUACCACUCUAUUCUGUGAUGUGACCAGAUGUGAAAUAUUCAACAUAGACAAAUCUGUUGUAAAGGUUCAUUAUCAGUUCAUCAUGUGUGUGUAUUGUUUCUGUUUGGCUGUAUUUUGAUAAAUAAAUGUACAGAUAAAUGGUU